GCACUCUCCUUUACUCACACAUUCACUCACACUUUCUUUCUUUCUCUCUCUCUCCCACCUCCCACACCACACCAGUGGAGUCAGCUGUCAGCCAAAGAGGAUCACAGCCAACAUGGCCACAGCACAGCAGUCUUCUGCUAUGACACCAUUAACGUCAUAUAGUAUCCCCACGCAGUACCUCACUCAGUGUGAUGAGAGAGAGAUGUAGCUGUGGCCACUCCACAGCCGCUCUGCAAGUGGCCUAAGUCACCUCGUUAAAGAGUGUGUAGGAAAAGCUGCUUGGUUUAGCAUGUAUGUACAGGGAUGGCAAGCCGUUAUGAGUAGUGAUAUGGUGUGCCGUGAAAUCAUUCAUUCAUCUGUUCAUGGCCUUAACUUCAGCUAGGGUACAGUACACUCGUUUUAAAAAGCAGACUCUGUGUGAGCUGUCUUGUCAUUAAUGAAUAAGCACUUUUUGUCUGUGGCUAUGGAUAUGUGGCAUGUACAUCUAACAGCACAAACUACCAUCAUUACUAGCAGCUACUGUAACAACCAGUUCUGUAGUCUGGACUGCGGUUGCUGUGGAAACAUGCUGCACAGCAGCAUCCUGUGAAUUGCACAUCUAAAAUUGACAACCGUAUGGUUGUUUAGGGCACGGGUGUAAACGGAAGACUCGUUGUGUAUUUAUCAAGUGAUGGGUGGGUAUGAUGUAAGAUAUGAAUAAUGCACACUGGCAUAGCCUACAAAAUUCUUAGCUGCGCAACAUUACUCAACAAUAGAAUUGAUUGGGUUGUGUUAUUGGAUUUGCACACCAGGGGGCAAUGGACAGUCACAGCAUAACGUGAGACGGCAUGAUGAAAAUCUAUCUAUGUAGGCGAUCAUUUGAUAUAUAUGUCUAUCUAAACGGGCCCAUUUGCUAUUUGUUUGCUCUUUUACUACCAAUGUGCUGAAUCCGAUGACAUUGACAAAACACAGAGGGAUCUUCCACCCCGUUCACUGCGUUCUCAGAUAAGCGUGUGUGUGUUCUGUGAUCGUCUGCUGGAUGUCCAAGCUGCAGUAUGAUCUGCCUUAGGCUGUAGGCCUACUCGAGAGCCGAGUCUGACUCUUUUUUUACGUUGUUCAGAAACAACUCUUACAGGGCAUUACAUUAUAUUAAGAUGUGUCGUGGUAUAGACCCUAUUAUUUAUAGUCCACAAGUGAUCGACUAAAAGGAUUAUACAUUGGCCUACUUCAAAGUUUACAACUUGUGAAAAUAGUUUUGGUGCUAUUGUAUUAACCGAGAGUAUACUGAAGUAUGAAGGGAAUUUGAAAGUGAACAUGGAUUAUGAAUGGUUUAAAUUUCAACAAACACUGAUAUUGUUAUUUCGGCCAAACAUCCAGAGCCGCUACAGUUUGCGUAUAGAAGUCUAGAAAUCGUCCACUAUUCAGUAUUUCUUCAUCCCCAGCUGAGCGUGUUGUGAUGGUCUUAAUUGACAGGAACUGCGCCUCUCCGUCUGUUGCUGUUUCGAUAGGAUGUGUUUAGGAUGCUUCCAUACAAAGUAGGCCCUCACCUAGGCUAAAAUCAGCCUCUGAAAUAGCGAUGUAGCCAAUUAGUAGGAGAGAUUAUCAGCUCUACUGUAAAUUAAAUAAAAAAACAGCAGCUAACAGUGGUAUUUUGCAGAAGAAAUCAGGCUGCUUAAAAACACUGGCAUGACCAGGAUUGUCAACGUAGGGGUCAUGUGUUGCUUUUCUCACUCUAGGGUUUGCAUUCAAUAAAACCCCACAUCCACACCAUCCCAUCUCUGAUCAUUAUACGCUUGACAGGCAACAGUGACAGCAGCGACAGCGACAGCAUUGUCUUAAUUUUGCUUGCUUGGGUGGGGCAGACGAACGCCUUGCUGGUGGUGUGUCGUUGUCCAGGGUCCUGAACGAAUCCUCCCAUUAACCUCCUGUGACAUGCCGACUAGCCUACGUUGUUCAAACGCAAAACGUGACUUCUACACGGCCACACGGCUCUAUGCACGCUUGCAGGUGUCCUUAAUAGAGGAAAAAUGGAAUUGAUUAUUUUUACAUCCAACAAUCUCCACACCAACGACGUCUUGGAACUCUAAACAGACCAUAUAUAACCCUAUCAAAGGAAACUGAUGUCGGAUGAAGACUAACAGGGGAAAUAUGGAUCGCACGAAGGACCUUUAGGUAUCUCAGAGCGGUUUUAUGGAGUUGCCGUCACUAUUUUCUUGAGCAAAGUGCCUACCUGUACCAGUUGUGGCAAUGGUGUAUUCUGCCUCGAUGGAUAGCGUCAAUCCUUCUCUCCACUCCACUCUUGUGUACCCAGCACUCUCUAAUGAGUCUGAGCGGGAGAACACUACCGUCCUACAAGGCCUGGGCACACCUCCUGGCUGCUACUUUGAUGACACCUCCUCACUUCUCCCAAAUGCCUCCAUCCUGUCGUACGACCUGAGCCCAGCUGAGGUGACUGUCCUUGGCCUCGUGUUUGGGGUGUUUUGGCUCAUCUCCGUUCUUGGCAAUGCCCUGGUGUGCCUGGUCAUCCACCGCAGCCGCAGAACUCAGUCCACCACCAACUAUUUUGUGGUGUCCAUGGCCUGUGCUGACCUGCUGCUGAGCCUGGGCUGUGGUCCCUUCAUCUUGCUGCAGGUGAGCAUCGGUCACUGGCCCUUGAGUGCAGCCGCCUGCAAGGCCAUCCGCUACCUCCAGCACCUCUGCCCCGGUGUGCAGGUCUACGUGCUCCUCUCCAUCUGCGUGGACCGAUUCUACACCAUCGUCUACCCACUGAGCUUCAAGGUGUCCCGGGAGAAAGCCAAGCGGAUGAUCCUGGCGUCCUGGGUGUUUGACGCCGCCUUCGUCUCCCCCUGCCUCUUCUUCUACGGUUCGACUGCGGAGCGAGUGCAGCACUGCGAUUUCUUCCUCCCCGACAGCUGGGAUGGCAUCGUGUACGGCGUGGCACACCUUCUCUUCGGGUUCCUGGUUCCGGCGCUGCUGAUCAUGUCGUUCUACCAGAGGGUGGUCCGCUACAUCUGGCGCCUCAGUGCAGAUGGUCGCACAGUGCGCCGUACCAUGAACAUUGUACCCAGGACUAAGGUCAAAACCAUCAAGAUGUUCCUCAUGCUCAACUCUGUGUUCCUUGUCACCUGGACGCCGUUCUACGUGGCCCAGCUGUGGCACCCUCGAGAACCCGACGGACCGGGCAGGGAGGGGGCCCUGUUCUUCUGUGUGGUGGCGUGGAUCUCGUUCAGCUCGACCGCAUCCAAGCCCACUCUGUACUCGGUAUACAACGCCAACUUCCGGCGCGGCAUGAGAGAGACCUUCUGCAUGUCGUCCAUGAAGUGCUACCGGAGCAAUGCGUACACCAUCACGGCCAGUUCCCGCAUGGCCAAAAAGAACUUUGUUGGGGUGGUGGACGUCCCCAUCCCAACAAAGACUCUCAUCAAGGACUCUGUGUACGACACCUUCGAUCGGGAAGCGAAGGAAAAGAAACUGGCAUGGCCAAUCAGUGCAAAUCCACCCAACACAUUUGUGUGAGAAAGCACUGGAUACAGGUUUUAAAGCCAGGACUACAUGCAAUUCCACUGUCAAGGUAGUUUAUGGGAGACCAUAAACUGCCUUAUGAGACCACACUGCAUACACAACUGAAUUCACUGGGCUACAACAAUGACCUGUCAAUGUGAAAUAUUAUACUGAAAUGAGAGUGAUGGGUGCUAAUGGGGCAGUUUGUGUGCUGUUUGUGUUCAAAUUUAAAGGUGAUCAGUUAUGUAGUCAUGAAGUACUGUGUUCAGCUAACCAUUCCAUUAAACACGUGCAGAGACAGCCAUGCCAUCAUAGAUAUCCUUAUAGAAAUAAGACCAUAUUCCAACCUGUUGCUUUGAGAAGCUUCUUGCUGAUAUCUUGGAAAGAAACACAUAGAAUAACUGGCCUAGCAACAAAUCCCUUGGCCGUAGACUUACGGAUAGUGAAAGUAUCUAAAAUCUCUGUUGACAGGCAAUCACAGUAAAGGUGAAGUGUGAAAUGUUGCAGGUUCAUUUUAGGGAUCUGAGGUAAGUAAAACCACAUGUACCUUUUCAGAGUUUGUGAAGACCACUCUGAGUCCAGCCAGCACAAUUCAUGUCGCUUAUGGCCAAGCUUGCAGCAAACUGUCAGACUAGAUUAUGUGAAAUCACCAGCUGUCGUCACUGCUUAUUUAAACUUUAUCACCAUAGCCUUCUCUGUCAUACAUGGUAAGAACUUAGAUUCGGCCAUUUCGCUAAUGCCCUGCAGGUAGUAACAGUGACACAAUGUUAGCCAAAGUAGCAUCAUGUGAAAAGUCUCUUGUAACUCAUCCUAUAACAAAUAUCCAUGCUAGUAGUUGGUCUCUGAUCUAUGCUCUCUAUACCUGCUGUCAUCAUAAUAAUGUCCUGCAUAAACUUUGGUACGUGUACAUGGUAUGUGUGUAUGCUUGCAGGAAGAUGAAUGUGGCAAUAUCGUCAUUUACAAUCACUAAGGUAGUUGACAUUAACCCUUUAGUAGGAAAUGAUUUGCUGGGUAAUGUUUCAAGCCCAGACAUCCUUAUUGUACUAUUACCAUUAUGAAGGACCAGGAGAAUUGUUUGUAGUCCCAGUCCUAUUUAAUCAGAAUGUCUAUGCAUCAAUGCCUUUCUUGCACUAGUCUAUGGAAGACAUAUUCUAGUCUUUAAUGUCGUAUUUUAGGUCCCUGAUUCAUGUGAGUUCUGCUCUCCUCCUGCUAAACACAGAUACGGUACAAUGAAUGAGAUGGAAGAUUUCAAACUGUAAAAAAGAGCUAUGUUGAGCUAUGUACUGAGAUUUUUCUCUGAAUGUGAUGUUGUUACCACAUGUUGUUAUGAGCUACUGAAUUUGAAUGUAAUGUUCUCUGACUACUGGUCAGCAGUCACCUGUCAACGUUCCAUGACCUUGUGUGACCAAUGUGCAAGGCCACUGUCAGGAAGGAUGUUGUGGCCUGCUUUCUGUGACACUAGGUGCUGAUUUUGUUCUGUGUGUAUUCUCUCCUACAGGAGACUAAGGGCAAACAAGGAAAAUGAUUCCACUAUCAUCUAUGUAUAUCAUGGAAAAAAAAUAACAUUUUUGUUACAUGUUUGGCAGCAUAUUUAUUACGUUAAGUCUAGCUAGCAAACUGAUUUCUUAUCUGGCUUAUUGACUGAAAGACAGUGUACUUACCUAAGCACUAGGGCUGAACGAUUUGGGAAAAUAAUCUAAUUGCGAUUAUAUUUCCCCAAUAUUGCGAUUGCGAUUUAUU